UGACAAUGAAAGUAACACAGGGAUCAGAAUGGCGGCCAAUCCCUCACUAUCCCCCCACCACCGGUUCAUACUACGAGAAUGUCACUCUGUCUCUAUCGCACCCGGGCAGUCCACGCACGCGCAUCAAGACUAUCUUGCCAAAUAUGGAAAAUAAUAGGUGCGAGUACAGUUUGGAGUUGAUUGAGAACAGACUACCAUGCUAAGUGAAUUCAGCAGACCUGACAACCACACCCACAAAUUUCCCAAUGGUGAUUCAGAGAGGGAGAUGAAAGUUCCUACAAAUGACAUUCGAGAGAAUGGCUUCCACAAGAGUGCAAAUGGUGAUGCAUCGCCUGAAUUCACCAGUAACGGUCACCAAAGUCCUCAAGACAUGAAUGAUAUUGAUGCCAGUAAUAAACCAAAGUCGAGAACAGAAAAACUUGCCGAAUCCAAGUAUCAGUUUCUAGGAUUUGAUCCGAGGAAAGACGACGAGUUACCAAAGUCAAACAAACUUGCAACUAGGAGGAAUUUCUCCAGCAGUGCGUCUUCGCUAGUCACUAGCUCAUCUGAUUGUCCGCCGGUGCAAAAAUUGAUAACUGACUCGGUGAGAAUUGUCGAUACUCAGUCCAAGUCGGACGGAUCAAAUCGUGUGAAGAGCUUGGAUUCUCGUCCUUCCUGGACCAAUCCCACGUUGGACAUUGGCAUUUAUUCCACUCUCCCCAGAAGAAAUGGAGAAUACACAGCUGAGCAGUUACUGUCUCAGCUGGACGCCAUUGUCAAAUCGACGGAGAAGAGUCCAGUUGUGCUGGAAAGAGGUAAAUUCAUCCUACCUCUGCCUGAGUCUGAGAAGAAAUCUGAAUGCAGAAACGAUUUGCUCGCCAGUUUGACGCAGUUGAAGGCGAAAAUCACAGACAUAGAACAGCAGCAAGAGGAACUCAUGAGAGAGGCAGAAAUAGAGCAGGCACUUCUGGGAGGAGAAUGGCGGGCGCAGAAUGAGAAGCUGUCGGCUGAUGAGAACAAGCUGGCUGCUCUGCGAGAGAAGGUGCACAACUGCGACAAGGAGAUGGAGAUCUGCGCCGCCAAGCAGGCCGAACGGCAGGCUCACAGUCGCAAAGUACUCGAACAGCAACAGGCCAUCUUGAAUAC